CAGACCGAUAAAGAUGCAGUUUCACUUGAAAACAAAUAUUAUAAAUACACUUAUCGCUAUUUUACUGUUUUUUAACAAAUUUCACAAAACAAAUGGAAACAGUGACCCCAAUGAAUUCGAUUCCACGUCCAGGGACUUAACCGGCGAAAUGGAUAUUUUAAAAAACAAUCUGAGACGAGUUAAUUUUGACCUGGACGCAUUGCACGGCAAAUUACACCUGCAAUCAGACAUGGUUAAUACCAUAAAAACUCAAAUUCUAAAUUCGGACACUGAUAAAGAUCAAUGCGAAACCAGUGAACUCUUUGAUGAACUUGAUAAUAAAUUGCAUAAAGUUAAGCAGAACCUGCAAAAACUGAUAAAUGAAAAUGAUGACACACAUUUAGACAAAAUGGACUCCAUAUUACAGAAAGUUAAAUGGCUGAAAGAUUGUGGGGAAGAAAACGAUACUGCACAAUUACAAGACAUUAAAACACAAAUAAAUCAGAAAUUACAAGCAGUUGAUCAAUAUAUCCAACGUUUAGAGAUAUUGGAAGGAAGGUUUGAAAAAUUGGUGGAUCCUAGUGAAAAUGAUACUUCAAUUAUCGAAUAUAAUAAUAAUAAUAAGUUACCAGAUCUGGAUAAUAUAAUCAAUGAAAUAAAUAGGAAAUUAUCAUCGCAAGAAGUUCAGUUGCAGCAAUUUGAAGAACACUUAAGCGAAAUGCAAAAUAUUUCUUCGGCUGUUGAAACUCAUUUAAAAAGGAAAAAACAAAAGUCCAAAUGUUUGAAAUGUGCUCUGUAUCGCCUAAUUGAAAUGGAUAAAUCUUUAAAUAUAACAAAAAUUGAUUAAGUAUUGUUUGUGUAGAAAUGAAAUGUUAAAUAUAUGUAUAUAUAAUGUAUUUCGUUAGAUUAGUGAGAAAACGAGCUAAGUGCUUUUUUUAAAUGUUACCAUUUAAUUUCACACAAAAAACACAUACGAGUAAAUCAUUAAUUUUUUAUCUUCAAUAUUACAAA